CCCGACCAUGUCGCCGCUAGCGCUGCUGUGCCUGGCGCCCCUCCUGGUGUUCGUCGUGCUCUUCGUGCGCUUCCGAUGCAGCCGCUACCACCGCCUGAUCUCCGAGAUCCCCGGGCCACGGGGACUCCCGCUGAUCGGCCAGCUGCUGACCGUCAUGGCCUCCACGGACCGCCUCAUGGACUUCCUCAAGGAGCUGUGCCAGGUGUACGGCUUCACCGGGGCCGGCUGGAUCGGGCCGUACGCGUUCGUCUGCCUGGGCGAGCCCGGCGACCUGGAGAUCUUGCUGAACAAGAACGAGUGCCUGUCAAAACCCGUCACCUACAAGCCGCUGGAGCUGUGCUUCGGGUACAGCGCCAUCACGGCUUGCAGAGCAGACUGGAAGAGGUACCGCAAGUUGAUGCACCCGUCCUUCAGCACCCAGACUCUCGAGACCUUCGUCCCCGCGUUCAACAAGAAGGGCGAGACCCUCUCGCGGGUGCUGGAGAAACGAGCGGGCGGCGAGGAGUUCGACGUCCUUACCACCAUGAUGCUCUGCACGCUGGACAUUGUGACGGAGACGAGUCUGGGAGCGGACAUGGACCUGUUGGAACAGAACAAGGUGGAGCUGGCGGACAGCUUCGACGUCGCUCGCGAACUGCUCUACUUCACUGUGCUUCGUCCUUGGUACUGGAUACCUGCCUUCUCGAAGAGGACGUCCACCUACAAGAAAAUGGCGAGCGGCCUGAAGGCUCUGUGGGAUUUCACAGACGACGUGAUCGUUCGCAAGUUAUCGCUGAGCGAAGAAGCCGAUGCCGGCGUCCGCGAGGACGAGGCGCGCGACCUCGAAUGCGAGCCGAGUCCGCGGAAGAAGCGCAUGGGUUUCAUUGACCAUGUGAUCUCGUGCAUGAGGCAGCAGAGCGACCUGCUGACGCGGACCGAGCUCAAGGACAACACGUUCACGGUCAUCAUCGGCGGGAUGGACACGUCGAGCAUAGCCAUGUCGGCGCUGCUGAUGCUGCUGGGCUUGCACCGCGACGUGCAGGAGAAAAUCGUGGACGAGCUGCGCGACGUCUUCGACGACGACGUCCGCCGGGAAGCGACGGCCGACGACCUGGGGCGAAUGGCGUACCUGGAGCAGGUGAUAAACGAGACGUUGAGGUUGUACCCGCCGCUGCCGGCGGUCAUGAGGGAAGUCGAAGACGAGGUGAAGCUGACCAAGUACACCCUCCCCAAAGGUUGCGUCGUCGUGAUACCCAUGUACCUCGUCCAUCGGAACCCGGAGUAUUUUCCCGACCCCGACAGGUUCGAUCCAGACCGCUUCAACGUUGAAAACAGCGCCAACCGCCACCCGUACAGUUUCAUCCCAUUUCUGAGCGGGAAGAGGAUGUGCAUAGGUAAGAAAUACGCGUACAUGCAAAUGAAGACGUUGUUGUCAACUCUGCUUAGGAAGUACGAGGUGCUUCCUUCCUGCACAAGAGAAGAAAUGGAACGUGUGCAGUUUAAGCUGACGUUGAAUUUUAUCAAUGGCUGCAAAGUUAAACUUACUCCCAGAAUAUGGGAGAGAAACAAUUCAAAUAAUGCAGCAUGAAAUUUCGUCAUGUGACAGUUAAUGUUUUUUUUUUUCACCUGUUUUAAGGUGCGUUUUGUAAUUUAAAAAAUAACAUAGAUGCAUAUAAUUUGAUCUCUGACAAUAUAUUUUUAAGAUGUAGACGUAUUUGUAAUCAGCUAGAAUUUAUAUUCAGUGUGUAUUAUUUUAAUUCAUAGAUGUAAUAGUAUUUAACAUUUCAGUGUUCGUAGCAAAUGCCUUCUUUAAUAAUAUAUUAAACAGAUGUUGAUAGUUUUUUUGUGUUUUCUCAGUUUAUUUUUAAAAAGUUUGAUAUAUAUCUACUUAAGUCGAAUUGAAAUUAUCAGUUUUCGAAUUGAAAAAUUCGCUCUUCCAAUGGAAUUAUCGGUUGGAACUUGUGAAUUAGGCUCUUGUGUAAAUUAAGAGUCAAAGUGAUCCAAGAAGAUUAUAUUUGCUUUCAUAUUUGUCAAAUUUAAAAGUUUUUAUAUUUACUCUAUUAUGCAAUAAUAUUUUUUUUUUCCGUAUAUUGCACAUUUUCCCUCUUUUUUGUGUUGCCUAUGCGAAGUC